AUGGCUUUCUCACUUUUCUUCGCCUGGGUGACGCUUCUAUGCAGUCUCAUAGCCCAGGUACUCCUCAAGAUCGUGUUCACCCUCGUUGUGCUACUGGCUUCAAUCGCCGUCUACCGAUUGACAUUUCACCCACUUGCACAUAUCCCUGGACCCAGGCUGGCUGCUAUAUCCAGCUUCUGGCACGCAUACCAUGCGAGAAAUGGGCGCAUGGCUCAUCUUGGAAAGAUUUUGCAUUCGCGAUACGGGCCUGUUGUACGCGUAGGCCCAAACGAAGUGUGGUUCGACACCAAGGAGGCUUUUCAGGCCAUCUACAGCAGUGGCAGCGGAUAUGAAAAGUCGGACUUUUACUUGGCCACCAGCCUGAGCAAACCUCGCAUUGACUGGCACCUCAACCCUCACUUUCCCGACACACUCGACCUUCUCUCGGAACGGGAUGUGAGGCGGUACCGAAUUCAGCGCCGCAUGAUUGGCCCUGUUUAUCAGACGUCCAAUCUCCUGCAAUACGAGGCUGCUAUUGACGAUGUCAUUAACCGUGCCAUCGCCAAGCUGAAGAGCUUCAAGGGCGCUCCAGUCGAGCUGAAUGAGUGGAUGCACAUCAUUGCCGUGGAAUGUCUUGGGUCCGUUGUCCUCUCAUGGUCGCCCGGAAUGCUCAAGAGCGGCACUGAUUGGGGAUCGGGCUCGCAUGCCUAUCACGGCUGGAGACGGAAGAGUGUCUUUGGCCUCUUCCCUACAAUUGUCAAGCUCGAGUUUCUGUCCAAAACGGUCGGUCGGCUCUUCAGCUCGGCUUGGGGCGUCAAUUUCAAGACACCGAAGAACUUCAAGCCAUUCUUUGUCGAUGUUGGCAAGCGAGUCUCUCGACGUGUCAACGCAGCCAGAAGACCAAACCCGCCCAAGGACAGCCGCCAGGAUCUCCUUACAGAUCUCAUUCGGCUUCACAAGGUCAGGCCCGACUUUACUGACAAUUACCUGCGCAAAAUGGCCGUGACAAACUUCGGUGCUGGGCAUGAGACCAUGGCGUCCACUCUGACCUCCAUCAUGGCUGUGCUAGGUUCUCUUCAAGAUGUCCAGGCUCAAGUUUCCCAAGAAGUGCUCGCCACGGCAGACUCAAGCCAAUAUUCUACCGCUACCCGUCUCCCGAUAAUGCAGGCUCUCAUCAAGGAGGUCAAACGGCUAUACCCUGUUAUCAGCAUGUCCCUUCCACGAAAGGUUCCCAAAGGCGGUCUUCACCUUCACGGCUUCUAUUUCCCACCCAAUACAACUGUAGGGUGCAAUCCAGUAGCCUUGCACCGAAAUACAGACGUCUUCGGUCCCGACUCUCACCUCUUCAACAUCGCUCGGUGGCUCAACGUAGACCCCGACACGUCUCGCAACAUGGAACGAGUCAGCCUUAGCUGGGGCGGCGGUUCAAGAUCCUGUCCUGGGCGGCAUUUGGCUGAACUUGUGGUCUUUAAACUUGUCCCAUCUCUAGUGAAAGAGUUUAAGAUUGAAGCUGUUCUGCCGCCUGAAGACGAAGGUCGCUCAUAUUUCUUGUCCAUGUUGACGGGAGUCAAGACACGAUUUAUCGACCGACAAGCAGCGGACUCAACGACCGAGACCCAGAAUCCGACAAGCAAUAUCCCAAAGCAUUCAAUCAUGGUUCAGCCUAUCGUCACAGAAAACGCCCUCAUCAGAGGUAGCCGUAUCGCCUAUGGCGUCUACGGCACCGGCACUCCAGUCGUCCUCCUUCACGGAACUCCCUCUUCAUCUCUCAUCUGGCGAAACGUCGUCCCCAAGCUCGUCGAGAAAGGCUUCAAGGUGCACGUCUUUGAUCUCCUUGGCUUUGGCCUUUCUGAGCGCCCCUGGGACUCUGCCGUGGACACGUCCAUGACAGGACAGGUUCCCAUUCUGGAAGGUCUUCUAUCAUUGUGGGGACUGGACAAGACUCAUAUCAUCGCCCAUGACAUUGGAGGUGGUAUCGCUCAGCGGCUGGCCGUGUUCUCACCAGAGAGGGUGCUGUCGUUGACACUCAUCGACGUGGUGUGCUUCGACAGCUACCCCUCGAAGCGGACCAAGCAGCAGAUGCAGAAGGGCCUCGAGUAUCUCAUCAAAGUGAGCGACAACGAUCAUCGCGCUCAUUUUAGAGAGUGGCUGCUUCAAGCUGUCAAGAACCCUGCCAAGUUCGAACAAUCGAGUUUGGACUCCUACUUGGAAUACAUCUCCGGCCCCAUCGGCCAACCGAGCUUGUUUGAGCAUCAGGUUCGACAUUAUGAUCCUAAGCACACGAUGGAAGUGGCCCCUCGCCUUGGUGAGCUGGAGAAGAUACCUGUGCAGUUGAUUUGGGGCGCGGAUGAUUCCUGGCAGGUCGUUGACUGGGCUCAUAAGCUCCAUGAAGCUAUUCCGGGAUCUGAGCUCAACAUUGUGGAGGAUGCAGGGCACUUUUCGCUGGAAGACCAACCUGAAAGGAUUUCUGAGCUUCUUCUAUCAUUUCUGAACAAGCACUGA